AUGUCUGUUUUCCGUAAGACGUCUUUUUACUACGUGAUGAAUGCCGUGGUACUGCCCUCACUUGCUCUAAAUACCGCAUCGGAGUUUUUGGAAAUGAUAUACAAACAAAGCAAUGGGGGAGCGAAUGUAUACAACACUCUUCCUAUCCUACAGCGCUUGUUUUCUGGUGACAUUGCGUUUUUCUUGUGCACAUAUUUGGUUCAGUUGGCACUCACGGGCUCAGUCUUUUGGCUGAUGAGACUUCCAUCGAGCUUUUCGAUGAUGGUUCGUCGAAGAAUGGCAUUGACACCACUUGAGGCUGCUGAGGCGAAAUGCACGGACAUUUUUGACUACCCGCGCCACUACGCCUACAGCGUGACGGUUAUGUCAAUUUGUUUGCUUUUCGGCUUCAUGGCACCACUUAUUUGGUGGUUUGCGCUUUUGUACUUUGUUUGCAAACACCUUGUUGAUAUAUACACCAUUCGAUAUGUGCAUCCAAGAAGUCAUAUUGAUGGCCGCUUGCCUCGUUUAAGCUCAAAGUUUAUUCUAACGUGGACCACAGUCAGUCAGUUCUCGCUUGCGGCAAUAUUCUACUUACAAGGCUGGGUACACGCAGCGGUCUUGACUUUGCUUUUGUGUGUACUGACCCUUGCAUGCUGCCUUUCCGUCAACGCUCACGUAGGGAACCGCAUUAUGCGUUUCAUUGCAGACCUUCGAGAUAGGGCCAUCAAGAAGGUGAUGUCUGUGGGUGGGCAAGGCUACAAUUGGAUGCCAUCUCCAUCGCUAGUAUCCUCUUCAUCUUCAUCCAGCACACAAUCGUUCGCUGGAUCGCACGAAAGUGACGCUUUGCUAGUAAAGCCCCAAUCACCCCGCACGUUUAGUGCUCCUGACGAAUAUGACAAGAGAAUAUGGAGCGAGGAGCCAGAGUCCGCGUCUAGCAAACCCGAAAAGCUGGAUAUGAGACCCCACUUCUCCGACGACGAUACAGAGCAGCUGAGGUCGCACACACACACCGUCCCAAGAGAAACGAAUGAAAACGAGUCUUGCAUCUCCGAUGACGACGACGAGGACACGGAUAUCAAUGAUAUCGUCCUCGAACGAGACGUUGAAAGUGCGCCGACAAGAAGGGUCUUGGAAUAUGGAACGUGCAACACUCCAACUUCCUCGCAGAAUGUUCGCAGUGCGUGAGGAUCCUGUUCCCAGCGCCAGAAUUUGGAAACCCCGGCUCCAGCGAGUCAAAUGCGAUGAUGGCUGGACAAAGCGGAAACCCGUGUAUGUACAUAUAUUUCAAUGCCUCUGUCUUGCCUUUCCGAGUGGUGGGCAGUGCAGAAGACGGCAGAGCGCAGGGUGUAGCGUGUGAGGAAACAUUAUGGUACUAAAUAGUAAAGUACUACUAACUCUUAA